AUGAGGACCGAAGAAGACUACCAUUCCACCGACGGCGAUGGAACAGAAUACCUCCCACCCACUGUACCAGACGCGAGACCAGAACGCAAGCGCAGAAUCACACAGAUAACACCGCCAACGAUCGGAGAACUAGCAGUGGUGGUGUACGAUUUAAAGGAAGAAAUCGCGAGACUGAGACAAGACGUAAGGGCCGAGAGGAAACGCAGGGAAACUGAGAGGGCUACUAACAAGGCCAUGUUGAACGAUAUGGUUGAGGCCUACACAGGUAUGGCGACUCUAGCUAAGGAACACCACAACAAGCAGACAGAGCAGAUCACCAAGAUGAUGAACGAGAUCUCGAACAAACUACUUGCUGCAACCCAGCGCUACCCACCUCACCGCGAAACCACGAAGCCAACCACUAAAGCGACUACCAGCCGACCACGAACUACUGACUCCUCCCACAGUCCAGACGGAGACACAUCGGAAGCCACUACUACCAGACGAGGGCGUACCACAUCCACUAAGAGCCGACCAACUUUAAACUCCAGAACCCCGCUGCCCUGGAACAAGGUAGCGGGGACCACGAACCCACCAAUGAGAGUGGGGAGAAGAAAAGACCAGGUAGUGAUCAACGAGCACCCACCACUACCGGAGGAGACCACCACACCCAGCAUUACCCUAGACGACCAAGACAUGAAAGCUUUAUGGGAACCAAAACCACCACAAACCGUCGAGGUGACAGCGGUUACCCUAAACAAAGUCAAACCACGUCAGAUGUUCCCGGCGAGAGAAUGGAGGAAUCUACUGAAGAAGCACGGAAUACACCCCGUGGCCAUCUGGUUCCCGUGGAGGACCUCGGUAGAGAUACUAAUCAAGACCGAAGAGCUGCCCAAGAUGAGAGCCCUGACGCAGGCCAUGAACAGAGACGCCCAACUACUAGAUCCGACGAAGAGAAGGGACGGACAACCAGGACCCCUAUCUCAGGCGGCGCUGACCACAGCAAUCAACAUAAGACUACAGGACCUCCAGUACGAAAGACACUGGACAGCCAGACACUACUUAGAGCAGACCAUCAGGAGGCUGAUAGACCUGCAACCGGACGACCUCAACAAGACGAUGCUCUACCACAAGCUCAACACAGCCGUCUCGCCACCAACGACUACCUCCGAUGCGAGCAACCCUUUCUUACCCAUCUAA